AUGAAGACAUUAUUCCUUUUGGGCUUUGUUGCCCUCUUCGCCAUUGGCGUCUACACAGAAGAGAAGAAAAAUGAUGACAAGAAAGAUACCAAAUACGGAACUAUUAUCGGUAUCGAUUUGGGAACCACAUAUUCUUGUGUAGGAGUGUACAAGAAUGGACGAGUGGAAAUUAUCGCCAACGAUCAAGGUGAGGCUUGA